CUUCUUAGCCUUGGCGUAGGUGAGUCGCCAGCAGACCAGCGACCCCAACAAAGUACGAAAAAGAAAGGCCAUAGCUGAUUAGCUUCGAGCUCACUCUUUCCUCUACCCAUCUUUUAUUCAUCAAUCUAAAAAACCCUUUUCCCUGAAUCAGAUAAAGCUCAAAGUUUCCUUCUUUUUGGAUCGACCCUUUGACGAACUGGUCGGAAAAAAGGAAAAUCAAGAAAUCGGGAGUAUUUUGUCUGACUCAGAAUCAAUGGAGUCAGUCAGAUGAUUGAUAGAGAUGAUGCUUGAUUGGUUGGAUAGAUUAUAGAUGUCAAAGGAAGAGAUGGGUAGGCCACGGUCGUUUCGGAGCAAGGCUGCCCACUUUGUAUCUGAUCUCACCACUGUCUUCCUCAACCCCAUUUCUGACAAACCCUCCAAACCCUCUCCUCCUCCUCCUCUCUCUGAAGAUGUGGAUGACUCCAAAAGAAGUCAAAAUGGAUCAAUCAGCGAAGAGAAUCCCGCUAAUGUUGUUGAUGGGCCCGACACGUCUUCCUUUAGUGCAUUCCUCUACUCACUAUUGUCGUCUUCAGAGUCUGGAGAUACUAAUAAAAAUUCAGAUGAGCAGAUUGAUGAUCAGAUGGAUAGGAGCAACCCAUCAUCUGAUUCCGCAAUGAAAGGAAAUGGUGGAAAGAGAAGUUUGCUUUCGAAGGGGAAACAGUCGCUUAGUAAAGUUAUGUUCCAGGCUGCUAGAUUUGGUGGGUAUCGGAGUCAAGAGCGCAAGGGUAACCCUGACAUGAAAGUUGAUGAUGCAAAUGAUUCGAACUUCACUAGAGUUGAGAUUAGGCCUAUGCAGAAAGCCCCAACGCCUGUGCCUUUGGUUGAUCACCCAGACAUUUCUGAACCUUCUUUACUUCUUACAGAAAUAACUAGAACUGCUCUUUAUGCUUCAAUGCCAGCGCUUGUUCAAGGACGGAAAUGGUUGUUGCUGUAUAGUACAUGGAGGCAUGGCAUAUCAUUGUCAACCCUAUACAGAAGAAGCAUGCUUUGGCCUGGCCUCAGUUUGCUGGUUGUUGGAGACCGUAAAGGUGCAGUUUUUGGCGGCUUGGUGGAGGCACCUCUUAGACCAACCAACAAGAAGUAUCAGGGAACAAAUGAUACAUUUGUUUUCACAAAUACACCUGGCCAUCCUGUUAUAUUUCGCCCUACAGGUGCAAAUCGCUAUUUCACAUUGUGCUCCAAUGACUUUUUAGCAAUUGGCGGGGGUGGUCAUUUUGCGCUAUAUUUGGACAGUGAGCUAUUGAGUGGAUCAAGCUCAUGCUCCGAAACCUAUGGGAAUCCUUGUCUUGCAAACUCAGAAGACUUUGAGGUGAAAGAAGUUGAGUUAUGGGGCUUCGUAUAUGCUACCAAGUAUGAGGAAGUACUUGCUCUAAGCCGUAUGGAGUCACCUGGGAUUUGCCGUUGGUGAAUGCAUAAUUUAGACCGCAUUUUUCUCUGAUGGUUGCUGUAUCAUCACCAUAACAACAGGUUUAUUACUGUUGCUGGAGCUAGUCCUCCAUGUACAUAAACACCACCUUGGCAUUGUACGACGGUUUUGAUUAGGUAGUAAUGAUUGUGAAUAGUAUGCUGGUUGCCAA